AAUACUCCGCCAUUUUUUAGUCUCCUGAAGUAACUGAUUUCUUAACCUCCUCCCGACGCGCUACCUUGGUUGCCAACCCUUCUCUUUGCCAAGGCCAAUCCGUCUCUCAUACUUUCUGAAAAACAACACUUGUUUUUCUAUUAUAUGUUCUUUCGUUUACAGCACAAAUCCCCUCCAAUCCUUCUCGAUGGAGAAAUCUUCCUCCAUCAUCCACUGUUUCCAACCCUUUCAAGUUUUAUCGGAGCAGUUAUAAGUCAGUUCAGUUCCACUCAAGACCUCACCCAUCUUCGUCUACCCUUUUCUUUUAUCUUCAAGCAGUUGAUCUUAUGCUUCUCGCUGGUUCGUCUCUUCUUUCUUGAACGGAGAAGGAGAAGAAUACCUUAUACCUGUUGUUGAAAAGCAUAUCCCCUUGUUAGUGGAAACCCUCUGAAAAUUCUUUUUGCCCGGUCUUCAUUCACUGGCUCAGCCUUUCUUAACUUCCUUCCGCUCUUAAAUCUUCACUCUUAUCUUCUGGUGCAAGUCAGAACUCGACUAAUGGCCGAAAAUUCAAAGUUGCAUUCCGGCACCGCUUCGCAGAGUCAUUCUUUCGAUUUUGUUGGAUUCAACAAAGUGGAUACCCUGAAGAUGGCUACUCCUGAUUCCGAAACGUCCCCUGAGAGAAACGAGAGGUCUGAUAGCUUUGUUGUGGACAUGGAAAGCUUGUGUCGUGGCAUCGAUAAAGACGUCACUGCGAAUUCUAGGAUCACAUUGCAGAGAAACUUGUCCCGAAAAGGGUCUCAGAGAGGAGAAAGGAGGAUUACUGCUACACUUUCUCCUAUUAACAUUAGUGAAAAAGCAGGUUCUAUUAAUACUACCUCUGCAACUGGUGAUGUUUCACCUUCUAAAGCUGCAGGAGGAGGAUCCAUGAGAGGCAGCAUUCCACCCGAGAAGUCGGUUAUAGUAGCGGUGGAGAGCACAGAGCCUGCCACCUACGCGCAGAUGAUGAACACGUCGACGGCGACGAGUACGGAAAAUAAUUACAGCAGAAGCAAUAGCAUUAACAUUAGCGUCAGCCGGAGACAAGGUAGCAGGCGAUCUUCCACUAACUCCGGGUUCGUCGUCGAUCCUCGGAGCGUUGUUAUACUUUUCGCCACCCUGUCAAGCAUGGGAACAAUAUUGCUCAUAUUCUUCACGCUCUCCAUCAACAACAAUCUCAGCGGGGAUGACUUUACUCACUCCCAGUGACACUGACGACUCACCAGUCACCAGCACCACCCCCCCCCAAAACCCGAAAAGGAAAACGAUCAGAGGAGGAAGUGUUACCUUUUUUUCUCUAUCUUUUAUCUUUUUAUCUUCUCUCCUUUCCCAAAGUUGUACAUAAAAUGAAAGAUAAGAGGAUUGAUGAAAAGAGAAUAUUCUGCUGUCUAUAUAUGGUGAGUGCCUUUGUUUCAGAUAAGUUUUCCCCUUGUCAAAUGCCAAUACCAGGAGACAAGCAAACCCAGAAAGACAACAAAGGAUAGAUGAGUACAAGAAAAUGAUGGGAAAGGUUGCAGACCAAAAUCUAUAAUUCUCUCUCUCUUAAGUUGCAGUCUCUUUUUAAUUUUUGCCUUAAAUUUGUAGCACUUUCCAAGUAGACACGGCAGUGUAACGAACGAGGGUAGAGGAAAGAAUGGGAAUUUAGUAUUUGAUUCCA